UUCGCGCUCGGCAGGCAGAGCUCCACGAAGCUCUGCUCUCCUCCUCAACCCCCGCGGAGUCGCUGCCGUCUUUCCUUCCCACCAUGCGCCUCCGCCGCCUCGCGCAUCUGCUGCUGUGCCUCGCCUGGAUGGCGCUCAGUGUCCAGUCGGAGAUGGAGGCGGAUGAGGUGGUUCCCCGGCUGCUGGAGGCGCACCUGUCCUCCCGCCGCCCCGCGCGCAGGCUGCGCUCCGUGGACGCCCCCGGGGCCGCCAACUCUGACCCCGACCACAUACUUCUGUCGCUGCCCGCUUUUGGAACGGAGCUCCGCUUAAACCUGACACGGGACGCCGCGUUUCUGUCCAGGGACUUGGUGGUGGAAGAGAGGCGCGGGGAUGGGAGCGCGGUGACGGCGCCCGUCUCCGCGCAGCGCCGCUGCUUCUACUCGGGCUCGAUCCUCAACCACCGCGACUCUCUGGUGUCGGUGAGCACCUGCGGCGGCCUGAUGGGGCUGCUCCAGAUGGGAGAGGAGACUCUGUUUAUUUCACCGCUGCAGGAAGACAACCGUGUGCUGUCCUUCUCGGGCCUCAAACACAGACUUCUGCGACAGCGCCGCUCGCCCGCCGGUGGCUCACCCGCCGAUGGCUCACCCGCCGACUCUGACUCGCACAAGUACUGUGGGACGCUAGAUGGAAAGAAGAAAGAGAAGAGGCUGAACGUGUCGGAAGACAAUCGCGGGAAGAGGAACAUCAUCCGGCUGCAUGAUUCUUACACAGUGGAAACCGUGGUGGUGGCGGACUCCAACAUGGUCCAGUAUCACGGUGCCGAGGCAGCUCAGAGGUUCCUGCUGACUGUCAUGAACAUGGUCUACAACAUGUUCCACCACCAGAGCCUGGGAGUCAGGAUCAACAUUCGUGUCACCAAGCUGGUGUUGCUUCACAGCCGACCUGAGAGGCUGAAGGUGGGACACCAAGGGGAAAGGUCUCUGGAGAGCUUCUGUCAGUGGCAGUAUGAGGAGUUUGGAGGCCCACGGUACCUUGGCACCAACCACGUACCUGGGGGACGUGAUGACAUCCCACCUGUGGACACGGCUGUCCUGGUCACCAGGACAGAUUUCUGCGUUCAUAAAGACGAACCUUGUGACACUGUGGGUAUUGCUUAUCUGGGAGGUGUGUGUAGCGCCAAGCGGAAGUGUGUCCUGGCGGAGGAUAACGGACUGAAUUUGGCCUUCACCAUCGCCCAUGAGCUGGGACACAACAUGGGAAUGAGCCACGAUGACGACCAUGCUACCUGCACCGGCCACUCCCACAUCAUGUCCGGUGAGUGGGUGAAGGGAAGAAACCCCAGCGACCUCUCCUGGUCGUCCUGCAGUCGCGAUGAUUUGGAGAACUUCCUCAGGACAAAAGGCAGUGUCUGCCUGCUGCACACAGACCCCCGGAGCCGGUACCAGGUCCGCCUUCCUCCCAAGCUGCCCGGCAUGCACUACAGCGUGGACGAGCAGUGCCAGAUUCUCUUUGGAACCAAUGCCACCUUCUGCAAUGACAUGGAGCACCUGAUGUGCGCUGGUUUGUGGUGUUUGGUGGAGGGAGAUGAGUCCUGCAAAACCAAGCUGGAUCCUCCUCUGGAUGGAACUGAGUGUGGAGCAGACAAGUGGUGCCGGGCGGGAGAGUGUGUGAGCAAGACUCCCAUCCCUCAGCAUGUGGACGGAGACUGGAGUUCCUGGAGUCCGUGGAGCAUGUGCAGCCGGACUUGUGGGACUGGAGUCCAGUUCAGACAAAGGAAAUGUGACAACCCACCGCCAAGUCCCGGAGGUCGGCACUGCCCGAAGGCCAGCGUGGAGCACAAGGCCUGUGAAGGUACCCCUUGCCCCAAGGGGGCACCGAGCUUCAGAGACCUUCAGUGUUUGUCCUACGACCGCCACGCGAGCAAGAAGAAGGGCACCAUGUUGACGGCCAUUAUCAAUGAGGAGAAGCCGUGCGUGCUGUUCUGCAGCCCGAUGGGUCGGGAUGUGCCGGUCCUGAUGGCUGAGAGGGUGAUGGAUGGGACCCCCUGCGGCCCGUUCGAGGCUGACCUGUGCGUCAAUGGACGCUGUCAGAAAAUCGGCUGUGAUGGCAUCAUCGGCUCGUCUGCCAAGGAGGACCACUGUGGCGUUUGCAAUGGAGACGGACGAUCCUGCAAGAUCGUGAGGGGCGACUUCAAUCACACCAAAGGAAUGGUCACCGCUAGGCAGUGUAAGCGAGUGUCUACCUGUGUGAUCGCUAAACCCAGAGCCGUCCCCAAGUGUUUCUCAUGUUACAUCGAGGCGCUGGUCAUCCCUGCAGGAGCCCGGAGGAUCAAAGUCGUGGAGAGUAAACCGUCACAUAGCUUCCUGGCUCUGAAAGACACCAGCAGGAGAUCCAUCAACAGUGACUGGAAAAUUGAGCUUCCAGGAGAGUUUCAGCUGGCGGGCACGACGGUGCGCUACGUGAGGCGAGGACUGUGGGAGAAGAUUUCCGCCAAGGGUCCCACCCAGUCCCCCUUACACCUGAUGGUGCUGCUCUUUCAUGACCAGAGUUACGGGAUCCACUACGAGUACACGGUCACCCUGAACGUGUCGCAGGAGCGGAGCAGCGAGGAACAGAGGGAUGCGGAGCAUCUCUACAUCUGGACUCACAGCAGCUGGCAGGACUGCACAGUCCAGUGUGGAGGAGGAGAGAUGAGAACCGUGGUGUCCUGCAUGAGGAUCGCCAACAAGAGCAUGGAGUCGGUCAACAGCAGCUUCUGCCAUCCAGAGAACCGGCCGCAGCCACAAGUGCGACGCUGCAACUCUCAGCCCUGCCAGUACAGGUGGGUGACGGGUGAGUGGGGGUCCUGCUCAGUCUCCUGUGGUAAAGGGCUCCAGCAGAGGGAGGUGGUCUGCGUGUACCAGCUCCAGAACGGCUCCCUCAUUCACACCAGAGGCGCCUACUGCCAGGGACACAGGCCUCCUGCCAUGCAGGACUGCGAGGGCCGGCUCUGUCUCACCAUGUGGGAGGCGUCAGAGUGGUCCAAGUGCUCAUCAGACUGUGGUGAAGGUGUUCGCAGACGCUCCGUGUCCUGCACCAACCCUCAGGGCCUGUGCGACCCACUGUCCCAGCCCAGUCAGGAGGAGCCCUGCGAGGAUCACUCCAAAUGUUACGAGUGGAAGACCGGCGACUGGUCGAAGUGUUCCACGUCCUGUGGGAAGGGCCUGCAGUCCCGAGUGGUCCAGUGCAUGCACAAAGUGACUGGUCGUCAUGGUAACGACUGCCCGGCGGCCCCCAGGCCCCCGACAUACAGGCCCUGUCACCAGGGGACCUGCAAUGAGAAGGUCAACGUGAACACCAUCACCUCCCCCCGGCUAGCUGCUCUAACCUACAAGUGCACGGGGGACCAGUGGACCAUCUACUGCCACGUCAUCCGGGAGAAGAACCUGUGCCAGGACAUGAGGUGGUACCAGCGCUGCUGCGAAACCUGCAGAGACUUUUAUGCCAAAAAGAUUUUGCACAAGAGCUAAUGACCAAACGCACCUUCCUCCUCCACUUAGUUCCUCUGCUCUGCAUUAAUAUUUUAUAAUUCUUUUUAAGGAUUUCUGUUGUAUGGAAUUGUUCAACCUGCUCAGCUUCUAAGACUUGAACAACAUCUCUUGCUGUACACCAAAAAAAAAAGCAGAUCAGGUGGAAUAUUGCACAGAAUCUUCCAAAACAAGUGCUUGAAGUUCACGAGCAGGUGACGGGCGUGGCGGCCAGGAGCCUCUUAUGUAAUAUGCACACCUGUUACUCUCCUUUGUCGUACUGUAUUAUAGCAGUGUUAAUAAAUUAAAUAGGUUUAUGUAAUUACUGAUACCAAGAUGAGGAGCCAUGGUAUGAUUGGAGACCCAUGAAUCCACUGUUCUGUGAAGAACCCUGGAUAGCUCAUGUAGCAAAGAUAACAGGGGUGAAACAUGCUGAGCGUGGACACAGCACGACGUCAUCUGAGAAGCCUGGACUGAAGUUGGCCUCUUAAAAACUUGAGAAAAAGGGAUGGGACAUCAAGAGAAUAGUCAGUUUUGGUGCUUUGUUGGUGUCUCUCUCACCUCUUUUGUUUUACUCCUCCAAUAGAAACAUUGCUACAUUUUGUUGCAGCAACAUAUACAGCAACAUACCAAAUGUACAUGUCAAUUUUUCCCAGUUGCAUGCAAUGUUUUCCACCGUGAAUGAAGCAAAUGGUACCUUUCUUUGUAUUCAGUAGUGAUGGGUAGAUGAGGCUUCAUGAAACAGUGUCGCAGGGUGGAUGAAACAGUGUCCUCCAUUUCAGAGGCCACUAGACGGCGAUCUUGGUUUAGAAAUGAUGUGAGGUUUCAUUGAAUGAGUUGUUCAGGUCCAAACAUUUUACAGCAGACAGCACCAUCUGGUGGCCUCUGAAAAUGAGGACACUGUUUCAUGAAGCCUCAUCAGCAAGCUUCAUGGAACAGUGUCCUCAUUUUCAGAGGUCAGUAGGUGGCGCACUUGGGUUAAAGAUGAUGUGUGGUUUCAGUGAAACGGUUGUUGUAAUCCAAACAUUUUAGAGCCGAAUGCGGCAUCUAGUGGGGCACUGUUUCAUGAAACCCUAUCACUCGUAUGUGCCCAUAUCCAAAGACGGUUUUGAGAUUAUUCUUGUUUUCGGAAACCAGAAAAAGUCAUUUGCAUGAGAAAACAAAAUGAACUGAAUAGUUUUUGAGUGAGGUACAGUGCACUUCCUCUAGAAUUAACCCCCCUAAAAACCUUUUUUGUUUUGGGAAUAGAUCGUUCCGUACUUCUUGCCAUUAUGUGGAGAAGCAACUUGUGUUAGAUGGAUUCACCCUCUCAAGAUAAGUGCACCUCAGCAGUGUGUGUCUGGCUGUGUCCACGCUCAGCUUACAAUUCGGGUUGGAGAAAUAAAAACUGCAGGUUUUAUGUGUCUGUUUAAAUAUGGUUCACUAGUUGAGUUUUCUCUCCGCAGUUGUAGUGAACGUGUGUGAGGUUUCGGGGCGGCCAUGUUUUUCCUUGUACCUUUUUUAAUGUCGUAGAUUAGACGUUGUCGGCUUCGGGACUGGAACAUCCUCUUCCUCCACACACACACACACCUGGUGAGUUGCAGGUACACGGUGGGCUGCACCAAUGAGAUGCCUUCGCCAGGAUCACAUGAUUUGUUUCAAUGAAAUUGUUUUCUUUACUCCACUCAAUGACGGUUGUGUGCGUGUGUGUUUGGCUGUACUUGUGAGGACAUUUUAUGCCGGUCCCCACAAGGUUUAAGGAUGGAAAGUUCAAAACAACCGGGUCCUGGUUGAGGUGAGCCAAGUGUUUUGGAUGGUUAGGUUCAGGGGGAGAGGCUGGGGAAAGGGUUAUAGCAAUGAAAUGUCCUCUUAAAGACGGCGACACAAGUGUGUGCGAGUGUGUGUGGGCGCGUGUGAAGAGUUGAACGGUGCUAUUCUCCAGGGUGCUUCACGACUUUCCGUCAAAACUUCACGAUGUAGGAUAUUUAAAACACUCUGAUGUGGAUCCACUUUUCCAUGAUUCUGGUACUGUACUUUGUUUGAGUUGCACAUUGUCGUGUUUCAGUAAAUGAACAACCUUGAGGUUUAUUUUUCAUGGUGCUGAUGUGUGUAUACCGGGACUGUUGUCCCCCCCCCCCACCCUCUCUUCUGUGUCCAAACCUCCACGACAGCUCAGAGACCAAGUGGAAUGAUUGCAUCAGACUCUAUUCAGAUUGGACGUCUACUGUAUCUUGAUUCUAUUGUGUUUUGUUACGUAAUAAAUCAUGUGAUUUUACA